AUGCGGCUCGAAAUGGACUACAUUGAUCUCUAUUAUGUUCAUCGGAUCGACACUCGUGUACCAAUCGAAGUCACGAUUGGAGAACUGAAGAAGCUGGUUGAAGAAGGUAAAGUAAAAUAUAUAGGUUUGUCAGAGGCAUCUGCUUCAACAAUCAGAAGGGCUCAUGCUGUUCAUCCAUUAGCUGCUGUUGAGACUGAGUGGUCUUUAUGGUCUCGAGAUUUGGAGGAAGAAAUAGUUCCUACUUGCAGGGAACUCGGUAUUGGGAUUGUACCAUAUAGUCCUCUUGGACGAGGCUUCCUUGCUGCCGGUCCCAAAUUUAUUGAGAAUUUGUCGGAGGGUGACUUCCGUAAGAGAUUUCCAAGGUUCAAACCAGAAAACCUAGAAAAGAACAAGCAAAUAUACCUACAUAUUUGUGAAAUGGCAGCAAGAAAAAGGUGCACCCCUGCACAAUUGGCAUUGGCUUGGGUUCAUCAACAGGGUGAUGAUGUGUGUCCCAUACCAGGCACCACCAAGAUUGAGAACCUAAACCAGAACAUUGGGGCAUUAUCAGUGGAAUUGACAGCACGUGAGAAGGCAGAACUGGAGUCCUAUGCUGCAGCUGACGCAGUUAAAGGAGACAGACAUGCUUUUAUGAGCAAUACUUGGAUUAAUUCAGAGACACCCCCAUUAUCACAUUGGAUUGCAGAGUAA